GCCCUUUGUCAUCUUAACAUUUCCAGAGUUUUAACUUUGGUAUACCGACAGGCAGUAGCCAUGAUUAUUGCUGAUGGAGGAGAGUUGCCUGCAAGGCUUGAGGGAAAAUUUAGUGCCAUGGUGAUUUGUUGGAUUCUUGGACUUGGAUCUCUUGUCGCUUGGAAUAGCAUGCUGACAAUAGGGGACUACUAUUACAACUUGUUCCCGACCUACCAUCCUUCAAGGGUGCUUACCCUUGUUUAUCAACCAUUUGCACUUGGAACAAUGGCGAUACUGGCAUACAACGAAUCAAGGAUUGAUACUAGACAGCGGAACUUAGUUGGAUACUUGCUUUUCUUUGCAAGUACUUUCAUGCUCAUAGUGUUGGAUUUAGCCACAUCAGGAAGAGGAGGAGUUGGACCUUUUAUUGGUAUAUGUGCAUUUGUUGGUGGUUUUGGAAUUGCAGAUGCCCAUGUUCAAGGCGGAAUGGUUGGAGAUCUAUCUUUCAUGCUCCCUGAAUUUAUCCAGUCUUUCCUUGCUGGUUUGGCUGCAUCUGGGGCCUUGACCUCUGCUUUGAGGCUAAUCACAAAAGCAGCCUUUGAAAAGUCUAACGAUGGUCUUCGCAAAGGGACAAUGUUGUUUCUAGGAAUUUCUACAUUCUUUGAGUUACUCUGUGUCCUGCUGUAUGCCUUUUUCUUCCCCAAGCUGCCGAUAGUGAAGUACUUCCGUUCAAAGGCAGCCUCAGAAGGAUCAAAAACUGUUAAAGCUGAUCUUGCAGCAGCUGGCAUCCAAACGAAAGAAGACCAAGGAGAUGAAGACAAUGCUAAACAGAAUGAUAGGCUGAGCAACAAACAAUUAUUCUUUCAGAAUAUAGAUUACGCACUCGACCUUUUUCUUAUUUACGUGUUGACAUUGUCGAUUUUCCCUGGGUUCUUAUAUGAAAACACUGGUGAACACAAGUUGGGUACAUGGUAUCCUCUUGUGCUGAUAGCAUCUUACAAUUUGUGGGAUCUGAUAUCAAGAUAUCUUCCCUUAGUGAAAUUCCUGAUGAUAGAGUCCAGGAAGGGCCUUACGAUUGCGAUACUUUCUCGUUUCUUACUGAUCCCUGCUUUCUACUUCACCGCCAAUUACGGUGACCAGGGAUGGAUGAUACUACUUGUAUCCUUCCUGGGAUUAACAAAUGGUCACCUUACAGUCUGUGUCCUUACUGCAGCACCUAAAGGUUACAAGGGACCUGAGCAAAAUGCUCUAGGUAAUUUACUAGUGCUCUGUUUAUUAGCUGGCAUAUUUGCAGGGGUUGCUUUGGAUUGGCUGUGGCUCAUUGGUAAAAAGAAUGCCUUUUGAAGAUUCAAGUCCGUCUUGUUCUAUGAUGAAGCAAGUAGCUCUUUCCUCAGUGCAAAAAUGCUCAAGCUUUGACAAGGGAUGAAAGUUUAGAAUAUCUGUACUUUGUGAAAAUUGUUGGGCUAAAAAGUCCAAUCUUUGUAUACCCUUUGUUUCAUACCCAAAGUGACCAACAAACUCACGCUUUCUUAUGCUUAAACCGCAUUGAGUUGACUAUAUAUUUGCUGUCUGGCCUGUCGUUGA